CUCCAAUGAAUUUCCAAAAACAUCUUCGUCUUCCUCUCUUUUCUUGACAACAAAAGCAGAGACUCCCAGAAAGAAAGACAGAACGAAAUGGCAACAGUAGGUGGUAUUACGGAGGUGGAAGGAACAGCUAACAGUCUUGAAAUCGACAGUCUUGCUCGUUUUGCUGUUGAUGACUACAACAAGAAACAGAAUUCAGUGCUGGAGUUCAAGAGGGUGUUGAAUGCAAAGCAGCAGGUGGUGGCUGGGACAAUUUAUUAUAUUACCUUUGAGGUAACUGAAGGGGGUCACAAGAAAGUGUAUGAAGCCAAGGUGUGGGUGAAGCCAUGGUUGAAUUUUAAGGAGGUUCAGGAAUUCAAGCUUGUUGCGGAUGCUCCUUGUGAUUCUAGCGCCUAGCUAGGUGACUGAAGACUGUAUAGUUUGCUAUGCUUGGAGUUGAUGUUCAAAAUAUAUAAAAGUAGAUAAUAACGUGAAUAGAUUUCCUUGUGAUGUAAGGCAAAUACUAUUUUCUGAACAUGGAUCUGGAAGAUGUUACUCUCAUAUAUAUUUGAAUGAAUAUUGCAUAUUCAUGAAUGGUA